AUGGGGCCCACGGGCAAUAGGGAAUCAUGGGGCCCCUGUGUCCUUGCCCAAACUCAAAAAAGCCUAUGAAAAAGGUACCAGGGGCAUCUCAUGGGGCCCCCUACUGACCCCGGGCCCUCAGGCAAAAUACUGCUACAGGGCAGCGCGGGUGUGCAAAACCACAAGUAUACACGUGAUCAGGGGCGGACUGACAACUCAUGGGGCCCCCGGGCAAUAGGGGAUCAUGGGGCCCCUGUGUCCUUGCCCAAACUCAAAAAAGCCUAUGAAAAAGGUACCAGGGGCAUCUCAUGGGGCCCCUACUGACCCCGGGCCCUGGGGCAGUGCCCGAGUUUCCAAAUGGUCAGUCCUCCCCUGCAC